AUGUGUUCAGAACAAAAGAAUGUACUAUAUGAUUGGUAUAGUUUAAAACAAAAAGAAUGGGCAGGUAAACAAUGUUCAGAUACAGAAAAACUUAUACUAACUCUCCAUGAUAAGGACUAUUAUGUUAUUCAUUAUAAAAAUCUACAACAAUGUAUAAAGGAAAGAUAUGUUCUUGAAAAAAAGUAUGGUGGUCGAGUAAGACUUUUAUAUACAGAUACAGAUUCUUUAAUCAUAGAAAUUGAAACUAAAAAUAUUUAUCAAGACAUAAUUGAUGAUUGUGAUUUAUUUGAUUUUAGUGACUUUCCAGAAAAUCAUUGGGUAGUAAAAAAUUUUCCAGAAGAUCAGUGGAUAAUCAAUGAAGGUAAACAUGUUUUAAAAAAUACAAAAGUUAUGAGUAAGUGGAAGGAUGAAAAUGAAGGAGAUCAUGCUAUUGGCUAUGCUGAAGGUCUUAAAAAAGCACUUAUCAAGAGAGAGCUUACUCAUAAAAUAUUCGAAGACUGUGUUUUAGAGGGAAAAGAGGAUCAACCAUGA